GUCAUCAGCUAACAACGACAGACUUCCUGUUUUUUCUCUGAAACAUGGAGCGGAGUUUCUACUGUUUAUCCUCAGUCUUUCGGCAGACCUCUCCCCACCAUGCAACUCCUUCAGCUUCCAGAAGACGUCCUGUACCACAUCCUGUCCUUUCUGGACCACACGUCCCUCUGCCGUCUCUGUCUGGUCUGUAAAAACCUGAACGGCUUCAUAAACCGGGACGCGGUGUGGAGGAAGGUUGCUAAACAGUUUUUAAACACGGGAAUUACCUGGAACGGGACGGACAGAUAUCCUCAUAUACCUCUGAAGGAGCGAGUGAGGACCGCCCAGAACUGGUUUCAUGGGGUUUGCAAAAAGUUGGUUCUUCUCAGAUGGAAAAUCAGACUGUUGCCAUGGUUGCAGCUGGAUCGGGAUUUACUGUUUUUGUCCCAGGCUGCUCAUAUUGGAGCGUAUCGGCUUCACCAAGGCUCCAAGAGGCUCCAGCAGAGACCAUCUGAAAUCUUCUCCGGCCACGAUGGUGAUGUCUGUCGCUUUGUUCUCACAGUGUCUCACCUGAUCAGCGGAGGAAGUGAUGGCAGGAUCCUGGUCCAGAGCAGAAGAAGAGACUUCUCUUUGUGGUUGUCAGGUCACAGUCAGGAAGUGAACUGUCUGGACUCUAAAGAUGGACUCAUCAUCAGUGGAUCAAGAGACCGAACAGCACGGAUUUGGAGUGUGGCUUCCAGCACCCCCAGAGCUACAAUUCCCAUGUUUGACCGAGUCUGGUCAGUUGCUAUUAGUCCCACGCUUAGCUCCUUUGUAACUGGCACUGCAUGCUGUGAGAAUUUCUCCCCUCUUCGUAUUUGGGAUGUGGAGCGGUCUGCGUGUGUGUGCAGUCUGGGCUCAGAGUUUCGUCGUGGUGCUGGUGUGUUGGAUAUAGUAUUUGAGUCUCCGUUCCAGCUACUCACCUGCGGCCACGAUACCUUCAUUCGACUGUGGGACCUCCGACUCAGCCCACAGGAAUGUGUUAUGAAGUGGGAGGAGCCCCAUGAUAGCGCCUUGUACUGCAUUCAGACAGAUGGAAACCACAUGAUAGCCAGCGGCUCUUCGUAUUACGGUGUUGUACGUCUUUGGGACAAACGGCAGCAUGAAUGUCUGCAGUUCUUCCAGCUGUGCUCUGACGCUGUGAGCAGCCCUGUUUACUGCCUGAGGUUCAGCAGCUCUCACCUGUAUGCAGCCCUCGCCACCGCCCUGCACUCUCUGGACUUUAAACCGAACCCUGCUAUCAUCAGAUGACACAAACACACUUUUCUGAACUCUGAUAUUAGUAAAAAAAUUUAUUUUCUC